AUGGCAGAUCCUACUACACAAUCGAACUACCUGGAAAUAGCCACAGAUCGUAUUAAUUUCGAAUGGAAUGUUGAUCUGGAAACGAGCGUCCUGGGGGGCAACGCAACACACACCCUCAUCGUCAAGCAGGAUGGUGUUUCCGAAGUGAUUCCCUUUUGCAAUUUAAUCCUUAACCUCGGUUCCCGUCAUAGAUUCGACACACGGGAUCUGGACGUCUCAUUCUUCAAAGUUGGUCCAAAACAUCCAGUCAUGGGCUCAGCGCUGGAAGUACCGUUACCAGAGGGGUUGAUCAAAGACGCCACUAUCUCUGUCAAGAUAGCUUAUUCCACGACGAAAGACUGCGAGGCACUGCAAUGGCUGGCGAAAGAACAAACCCAGGGAAAAACGUUCCCGUAUGUGUUCAGCCAAUGCCAACCAAUCCACGCUCGUGCACUGGCACCCCUUCAAGAUACACCAUCAGUCAAAAUUAAAUAUAGCGCAAAGGUUACAUCAAAACUCCCCGUUCUAAUUUCCGCACUUCGAGUAUCCCCUCCCUCAAACGGCCCUCCACACGACGGGAAAGUCAUCGGAAAAGAUUCAGUGGUCUACUCUUAUGACCAGCCCAUUCCGAUUCCUUCGUAUUUGAUUGCAAUUGCCGCUGGCAACAUCAUUUAUCGCCCAUUUCCAAAGUACGAGGGCAAAACGUGGUCCACCGGCGUUUGGGCUGAACCAGAGUUGAUCGAUGCUGCUUAUUGGGAGUUCAGUGAAGACACGCCAAGGUUCCUGGCGGAGCUUGAGAACAUCGUGACUCCGUAUAAAUUUGGGGUAUACGAUGUUCUUGUGUUGCCACCUUCAUUCCUUUACGGAGGCAUGGAAAACGCUUGCUUAACUUUUUUGACUCCUACGCUCCUGACUGGUGACCGAACUCUUGUCGACGUUGUCGCGCACGAACUCUCCCACUCAUACUUUGGUAACGGCGUCACCCACGCACACGCAUCCCACUUCUGGUUGAACGAGGGGUGGACAACCUACAUGGAACGACUUCUCCUUCAAGUCGUAUACUCCCCAGCACAUCGUGACUUCUCCUUCGUAAUCGGGGCCAAUUCUCUGAAGGAUUCGCUCAAGGAAUACGAGGAUCGACCGGAGUAUCAGAGCCUCGUAAUUACGUUUGAAAGGGGCGCGGACCCGGACGAUGCUUAUAGCCAAGUUCCUUAUGAGAAGGGUGCAAAUCUUAUUCUUCACCUUGAACGCACGCUAGGUGGUUUAGAUGUCUUCCUCCCCUACGUGAGAAACUAUGUCGAUACCUUCAUGGGUAAAAGCAUCACAACAGAUCAAUGGAAAGACCACUUGUACACCUAUUUUGAGAAGAAUGGAGGAGAGGAAAAGGUCAAGGCUCUUAAUACUGUUGACUGGCAAGCGUGGCUCUAUGGCGGAGGCUUGGAUCUUCCUGUGAAGAUGGAAUACGACUUGACACUCGCCAAGAAAGCUUACGAGCUGGCUGAUCGAUGGGAUGCUGCAAGGACCACUGAGGACAUCUCCAAGCUCAACUUCACAGAGUCAGAUCUUCAAGAUGUAUCAUCCACCCAAAUCUUCGCAUUCCUAGAGCGUCUUCAAACUUUCCCACCUCUCCCAUCACUCCUAGUGAACCAUCUCGGCACCGUAUACAAGUUCUCCACAUCACCAAACGCUGAAAUCAGAUUCCGGUUCUACCAAGUUGCCCUCGCCGACCCUUCAUCGGUAGCCGCUAAAGCCUUUGCAGAUGGAUCUGGCGUUAUUAAAGGUCGGAUGAAGUUCUGCAGACCCGUUUUCCGUGCUGUGAGAAAGGUAGAUGCAGAUCUUGCUAAGCGGAUUUUCGAACCUUCGAAGUAUGCUUUCCACCCUAUUGCAAGGAAGAUGAUUGAGAAGGAUCUUGGCAUUGCUGAGCACUAG